CAGGAUAAACUCAAACUCUCAAGUCUCACCAGUUAUUCUCACCUCACCAUGCCAUCUUACUCAUAUCCUCCUUUGGUGGGAAGGAGGAUCGCCUGAUGUACGAUUAUUGUGGCUGACACCUGGGUUCGAGCGCACACGUCAGCCACCACCACAACAAUAGCCGUACGUCAAAUGAGCAGUGUCUUAUUGCGGCCAUGAGUGAAUGCAGUUUUUCUCAGCAUAGGUCGGUAUCCACGUAUCAUUCUAGCCACGGAUUCACCUACCAAAAGAGAAAUGUGUGUUUUCACAUGGCUAAGCAACCAAAUGCACGAUGCCAUCCCUGUAGCACCAAUCUCUAGAAAACGUAUGGUCAGAAUGGUACGAGUAUACAAAUCUACGUUGGACGAUAGCUUUUUUGGGCCGUGAUUGAGAAAUCGCGGACUCAUGGCCCAAUCUUUCGAUAUGUUCUUCCACUGGCUAGCACUCCUCCAUCGCCAAGGAUUCGUUGGACCGUUGGGCCGUUCUGAUGGGCCUCUACGAUGCUGAUUCUGCCACGGGGAGGAUCGUCCCAGCAUCGACGACGAACCCGGCCGGCCCAAAAUGCACUGACGACGGACCAGCCAAAAACGAAAAAACAUGUGUCAACCCGAGACCACGUCUUGCACAUGAAACAGUAGUGAUAGAAAAUUCCAAUACUCGAUCUGUGCAUCUUCCAAAUUCCAAAUUUCCGAUAGCACCAAGGCAACCCACAUUUGGCGCCACAAGGACGCAUUCAACUCGAUCCCUCAUGCCGCCCUGGGACAGCUGCUCUAACGAUUACAGAAGACAUGGUCUGGUACUCAAGUGGCUAGUCACCAAAAAAAAACAGAAGUACUCAAGUUGCUGAUGGCGAUGUACAUACACAUAUGUGCCAUACUAAGCUCUCUCGCUCCCUAUAUAUACGUGCGAGCAAUGACCGAGAAGCACAACACCCAGAGCAGCAUCGAUCCAUCUAAAAAGAUCAUAGGGUCCCUACUCACUAAUUAAUCAGAUUCAGUGAUCGACAUGGCUUCCAAGCAUAUGCUCGUCGCCGUGGUCGCCCUGGCCGCGGCCUUCCUCCCGGGGCUCGCCGUGGCAUCGGAGCACGUUGUCGGCGACGACAAGGGCUGGACUCUCCAGUUCAACUACACGGCCUGGUCCGAGUCCCGUCAGUUCGUCGUCGGCGACACGCUCUUGUUCAAGUACGGGAGCAGCGCCCACAACGUGGUGGAGGUGGGCGGGGCGGACUUCAUGGCGUGCACCAAGCCGCCGACCGCCAACACGUGGAGCACCGGCGAGGACAGGGUGACGCUCGACAAGGCCGGGCGCCGGUGGUUCAUCUGCGACAUCGGCGAGCACUGCGAGAAGGGCGGGAUGAAGUUCAAGGUCACCGUCAACGAGGCCGGCGCGCCGUCCCCCAAUAGCCCGCCGGCGCCGUCCAACCCCGCCGGCAAGGUUCACGCGAAGCACUUCGGGGUCGCUGCCGUCACCGCGCUCGCCGCCGCCGCGCUCGUGCUCUAGGCGCCGCUACUUACUCUGCUGGACCUCCGGCAUAUCAUAUACUGUAUGUGAUCAAUUGAUCGAUCGAGCGUUUUCGUCAGUGUUUUUUUUUUUGUGUACGUACGUGGUCGUGCUGCUAUACGCCUAUAUAUACGUACGCGCGUAUGUGCAUCUCUUUUGAUGUGUCCUUGUGAAUGUGGGCCCUCGAAAUUUUCUUCGGUCAAAGAUUUAAUUUAUAAUUUGAUUUCGUUGAUAA